UGGAAAGCUAGGAAAGUCGUUGUAACUACAAGACUAAGAUGUGCGCUUUGCUGAGUUUUCUCUUUGAAAAUUAUACUGUUCAGUCGUUAGCUUGUUGACAAAGAUUUCAAAAAGUCAACGAAAUGGUCAGCACGUCAAUUGACUUUCCGUUAAUUUGUUUGAUUUGUUGCGCUUGCAAAGGUCAAAAUGCUUACCACUUGCCAUGCUUCGUGCAAACUCGACUUGGUUCAUUGUCACUCUACAAAAUCUUGGGCUUGAUUAAGUGAUAUUGCCGGAAAGGUUUUCAGCUUUGAAGCGCUAUGAAAAUCACGCUCAUUUGUCAUGCCACACUGGCUUCUUGUACAGAUCGAAUUUCACCUGUUUCGUUCGCAGUAGUGACGCAGUCUUCAUUUGCUCAGCCCUCGACAGUCAGAACGAAUCUUUGUAGUUCAGCCAAUUCUCUCGGUUGAGCUCAAUCUUUUCUGGGUGAUAACGCGUUCAUGAAACACUUCCGAAUAUUCGUUGAGUAGUUCUUGCAUUCGUUACUGCUGGAUCAGCGGCUGUUAAGUCAGUCCACAUGCACUUGAAUAGUUAGUUCAGCGAUAAUGCCAUUUAAAGGCUGUGUAUCAGCCACUAGUGAUGCUGGAGAGCGCCACACUGACGACCCUGUAAACUCCAUGUAGUAGGCGUUCUGAACUAAUAAAAAAUAUGCUCUGGUUCCUUUCUCUGCAUCGAAAGAUACUGUCUGAACGUUCGGCGGAUUUAUUGUUUUGAAAACUUUUAGUCAGAAGACGAAUUGUUUUCUGCGCCAAGUUUCUAAACGAUUAUAUUUCAUGUCGUAAUAACACUUGCUACUUUGUGUAUGAGCAAACGUGAUGUCCUUAGUCGUUGCGCAAAUAUGUGAAAGCUUUACUUCGUCUCGGAUCUCAGUGAUCAUGCUUUGCGGGAAUUACGUUGCUUUGCUUAAGUUGGAAAUAUCGCGCAUUUUUUUCAAAACGAUCAAUGUAAGUAAUCAACAGGUUCGACCGUUGCCGAAAUGAUGCGGAGAGUCAGAAGCUCUUCAAGACUUGAGCGGCAAUCAAGUUUAACAAGCCGUGAUGUGUCGCAAGAUGCAAAUCCUAAGCCUAGUUUAGCAACGCCGGAUCAUCCGAAGUUUGUAUGAUGCUCGUCACCUGUGGUCAGGAUUCUCUGACGCUUGAGCUAUGGCAUAGCUAUCGUGACAGUCGUAUCAUGCAUCGUACACGAAUAUGUUUGAGUGAGUGGAUAUGUAUACAAGCCAAUACUCUAGGCCGCUUGACCAUCCCUGAAUCACUGGAAAAAUUCGCGGCAAUCGUCUCCGAUACAUUCAGUUGUUCGCUUGCUCCAGAGCAGUUAUACUCCAACAAGAGGCUGAAGUAUAUAUGAUGCCACUGAUAUGGCCAUUCACAAAGUAUUACCACACGUAUGCAUUGUAGAGACUCGUAGUGAUAACAUCCGCUCAAUUUCAAUGCAUUGUGCAUCGUCACAGCUGAUGCAUGGGACAGAAUUACUCUACUCUCAGUGCGUCUCGCUCCGAUUCCAGUAUCCUCCCUUGUUUAUCUAGGGGUUUAGUAAGUCAAACCUUACUGUGCAGACUCAAUUGGUGUUCCCAUGACGGCACCUUGCAUUGAUAAGC